CCUGGAGUUAGAGCUUUCCCCGGCCUGAAUAUGGUGAUCUGUAACCAGUGUCCAGAUCAACAUGAUUCUUUAGAAGAAGACAACAUGAAGUUCUACUCCCCACCCACUCUGUUGGAGCUGGCAAGACAGAGUCUACUGAAGGAUGACUACUUGGCCAUUUCUGCUCUCAAAGACCUGCCCAAUAUGAUGUUCCCAGAGAUGUUUAAGGAGGCAUUUAUUGGUGGAUGUACAAAGAUCUUGACUGCCAUGAUACCCGUGUGGCCCUUCCCAUGCCUUUCUGUAGGAAUGACGAUGAAGAACCUCAGCCUAGACACUUUGAAGGCUGUUCUUGAGGGGAUAGAUAUACUGAUUUCAAAAACAGUUCUUUCCAGUAGGUGCAAACUCAGAGAGGUCAAUUUGAGUGAUACAGACCUUGAUUUGGAUGGGAUAUGGGCUACAACCCAUGAAGUUGAAGGCUUACCAGAGUUCAUAGAACAGGAGCGGCCAGUUGAGAACAGACCUGACUAUGGGGAAAACGACAAAUUGAUUGUAACAACAGAACUCCAAUUCAUGGAGGGCCACCUUGAUGAAUGUGCCACUUACUUGUUACAGUGGGCCUAUCAGAGAGAAGCUUUCAUUCAUCUACACUGUAGAAAACUGAAAAUUAAUGGCUUAACCAAAGCCACAGUCAUAGAAAUGUUCAAAACUGUACAUGCAGAAUGUAUAGAAGAUCUGGAACUAUCUUGUCUUUGCCUAGAAGAUUUGGAUUUUCUUAAUCCCUACCUGAAACAGAUGGACUGUCUUCUCUCACUCACACUAUAUGAGAUUGCAGAUACUGUCAAUAUGGAUGAUUAUAUUAAUCUUGAUGAGGAGAAAGUGAUUACAGUGAUUUCUCAACUUCCCACAUUUCACCAUCUCCAGGAACUCUAUGUACACACUGUCCCUUUUAUAGAAGACAAACUGAAAGAAUGCCUCAGGUGCCUGAAGAAGCCCUUGGAGUUACUUUCAAUCACUAACUGUGACCUCUCACAGUCAGACUUGGAUUACCUGCCCUAUUGCCUGAAUAUUUUUGAGCUCAGAUCUCUCCACUUGAUUGAUAUACCUUUAAAUAAAUUACUUCUCGAGCCCCUUGGAUUUCUCCUUGAGAGAGUUAGAAAUACCCUGGUAUCCCUGCAAUUGAAGUCCUGUGAAAUGGGCGAAACUCAGUUCAAUGCCAUGCUGCCUGCUCUAAGUCAGUGUUACCAACUCACAGGAGUAGAUUUCUAUGGUAAUGACCUCUCUUUUCUCUCCCUGAAAAAAAUUCUACACCACACAGCCAAGCUUAGCCAGCUGACCUAUGAGCUGUACCCUGCCCCUCAGGAGUGCUAUGAUAAUAGUGAUAUAGUACUAUCACAUAGAUUAGAAAAUUUUUGUCCUGAGCUCCUGGAUAUACUCAGGGCCAUAAGACAGCCCAAGAAGGUCACCUUUGCUACAAUCCGAUGUUCCAAGUGUGGUGGGGCCUAUGUUUAUAAUCUGGAGUCCCAACGUUGCUUUUUUGAAAAAAUGCCUCUGUGGGGUUGA